AUGAUGGCAUCCCAAGAAGAAGAUGCCCGCCUCCAUCAAAACAACAACAACAACAACAACAACAACAACAACAACAACAACAAUUAUGUCAAUCUUUUAGCUAAAGAACCUAUACAUACAGAAGCUAUAGUAAUCAAAAGAAAAAGUUCUGUUCCUAUAAAGAUUGAACAACAAACCUCCAACAACAACAACAACAACAAUAAUAUUAAUAAUAAUAAUAAUCGAGACAAUCCAUCACCCACUACUACUACUACUACGCUAGCUAUUGCACUUGGAAAUAGAUCAUCUUUUCAACAACACACUACAACCAACAACGAAAUGAACAAUAGUAGAAAAGAUAAUGCAAUAGGAUCACCACCAGGAGGAGGAGGAGGUGGAUGUAACAUGAUAGAUGGAUCACCAUCUGUUUUAAUGAUGUUUUCAUCUAUAGUUGAUUCUUCAAACCAACAAUACAACAACUCCUCUUCCUCCUCUUCAUCAUCAUCAUCAUCAUCGACAACAUCAAACAAUUACCAUAUACGACCAAAUUAUGAUGUUGAACUAAUCGUUCAAACCACUAAACAAGAAGAUGCAAGUUUAUGGGUAAAAAGAAACGUAGAAACUCUAGGUGACAAUGGUAUUCUAUUCUCGGAGGUCCUCAUCAAAGUGAACAAAGGAACCAAGAUGCAAGAGAGAAUCAUAUUUAUAACGGAUCGUGCCAUCUACAAUGUAACACCAUCAGAUUACAAACUUAAAGGACGUAUUGCUAUUGCAUCAUGUUCUUCAAUCUCUAAGAGUACAUUGGAAGAUAACUUUAUUGUCAUUCACGUUCAAGGAGAAUAUGAUUAUGUUCUUAUCAGUGGUAGAAAGAUUGAAAUUACUACCAUUCUAGUAGAAGCAUUCUACAAGUACUCUAUAUUACAAUUCUCUCUACAAAUACAAUAUCAAUUACAACAACAACAACAACAAUUAAAAUUACAUCAUCAACAACUUGACACCAAUACUAAAAAUAUAUCUAAUAAUAAUAAUAAUAAUAAUAAUUUAACAAUAUCAACAUCACCAAAAGAAAUGAAUUCAAAAGGAAAUAAUGUAAUUAAUAAUACAAGUGGAAAUAAUUUAUUAUCCGUUAGUUUGGGUGCCAAUAGGAUGUUAUCAACUUCACCCAAUAAUAAUAAUAAUAAUAAUAAUAAUAAUAAUAAUAAUAAUAAUAAUAAUAAUAAUAAUAAUAAUAAUAUUAAUAGCAAAGAUACUACUAAAACAAUAUUACCUACUUGUAACCAACAAGAUACAAUAGUUGAAUCAACACCAACACCAACAGCAGCAGCAGCAUCAGUAUCAGUCGCAACACCAACCUCAAUUUCAUCAAUAACUGAUCAAUUAUCAUUUAGAGAAGAAGAUCAUAUGUUGGCAGUUAAUUUUUCAGAAAGAAUAGAUUACAAGAUAGAAGGAGAUUCAAUGAAAGAAAUUUUAUUUACUAGAGUUCAAGGUGCUGUACAUAUUGCUAUCAAAAUAGUAAAUAAAUAA